AGGUGGGACCGCCGACCACUGCCCACCGUCUUCUGCCUGCAGACAUGGCGCCGCCGCGCGCUCUUCUGGCGUUCGCCGUCCUCUGCUCGGCCGUCGUCGCCACCCGAGCUGCCGCGCCCAACGCUAACUGCGACCUGCUGUUUGAGGGCGAACCAGUCUCCAGCUCCAGUUGGAAUAGCGCCCUCAAUGCGUCCAGGUACGUGGGCGACCUCGCGGACACCGCGCCAGCCCAGGCAGAGUAUCUGGUGCUCACCACCAAGGAGGUGACCGCCUUCGCUGUCGACAGCCCGUCCGACUACAUCGACGUGGUCUUCGAUGAGGCCGCCAGCAUGCUGAAACUCGUCGUCAAGGAGGAGUUUGCCAGUUAUGAAGAGAAAAUGAUCUCUGCAUCAGAUCCGUCCAUGAUCGAGAUCCGCAUCACGUUAACUUGCAGCGAUACCAAUACGGCUGGUUUUGGCUUCAAGAUUACGGUGAAGGACACGAACAACCAUGCGCCAGAGUUCGACAAAUCCAGCUACCCGUUCGAGCUACCCAUGCCGCUGCCUUCAGACAUCGAUCUCUCUUGCCUUGUGGACGUGAUCAAGGUGACGGACAUCGACUUCAGCAAUUCGGACAUCACCAUCGACUUCGACGAAGAUGGAGCCAAACUGUUCCGUGGAGAAGCGACCUACCUGGGAAGCAGGAACUACGAGAUUCACGUGUACAGCACGACGGCUAUCGAACUCAAGGAGACCACAACCUUCACGAUGACGGCAAAGGACAACGGCUCUCCUCAGCUUUCGUCUAGUCCGGCCACCAUCACCAUCAACGUGAACCAGCAGACGUCGCCCCCCACGGCUCCCAGGUUUCUGCAGGCUGCGUCUCACAGGACAGUCGCCGUGGACGAGAUAGUGCCUGACACUGAGGUAGCCUCGGUGACAAUAUCGGAAGGCUACGACACGGAUGUUAAAGUGACUCACUAUACUUUAGAUGAAACAGGCGUGACCCCGACGAGCGACGCGUUCUCCGUGGACGUGACGGCCGCGUCGGACGGCACGGCCACCGUCAGCCUGCGCUGGGCGGAAGGCGUGGCGCCGGAGGCCCUGCAGGACCUCAAGUACGCCCUCGUCGUGCUGCAGGCGACACGUGAGAGGGAAGUCUCUACCAACCAGGUUGCCACCACCGUGGUACAUCUGUCGCUGCCGGGAUUGCAGGAUCCGACGACGACAGCAUGCCCGACUCCGGAGCCGUGCCCCACGACGGUGGAGCCCACGCAGUGUCCCGAACCGGAACCCUGCCCCACCACACCACCUCCGGAGCCGUGCCCCACGACGGUGGAGCCCACGCAGUGUCCCGAACCGGAACCCUGCCCCACCACACCGCCUCCGGAGCCGUGCCCCACGACGGUGGAGCCCACGCAGUGUCCCGAACCGGAACCCUGCCCCACCACACCGCCUCCGGAGCCGUGCCCCACGACGCAGUGUCCUGAACCGGAACCCUGCCCCACCACGCUGCCUCCUGAGCCGUGCCCCACUACGACACAGCCCACAGAGUGCCCCGAGCCAGAGCCCUGCCCGACAACAGCGCCGAGCUCCACCACUGAACAGUGCCCGGUGUGCCCGGAGUGCUCCUCGACAGCUGAGCCUGCAACCUGCCCUACCAGCUGUCCCACGAAUCCUCCGUGGCCCACGACGCCGUACCCAGUGUGCAGUUCUUCGAGCAUCACGGAGCCGUGUAUCUGUGAAGCUCCUUCACAGUGCACGUCGGCCGAGACCACCUCUACUGGUUCUCCAACUGACUGCUCACAAUGUCCGACGACAGAGUGUCCAUUAACUACUACAGCAGACUGCCCACAAUGUCCGACGACAGAGUGUCCACUAACUUCUCCUAACACAGAUUCACCAACUGACACGACUGAAUGUCCAGAAUGUCCAACUACAUGUCCAACCAGCCCACCGACUUCUCCUGACACAGGUUCUGCAACUGACUGUUCACAAUGUCCGACGACAGAGUGUCCACUAACUUCUCCUAACACUGGGUCACCAACUGAGUGUACUGAAUGUCCAGAAUGUCCAAUUACAUGUCCAACCAGCCCAUCGACUUAUCCUGACACAGGUUCUACUACUGACUGUUCUCAAUGUAUGACGACAGAGUGUCCAGUAACUUCUACAACUGACUGUUCACAAUGUCCAACGACAGAGUGUCCACUAACUUCUCCUAACACAGGUUCACCAACUGACGCUACUGAAUGUCCAGAAUGUCCAACUACAUGCCCAUCCAUCUCAACGACUUUGCCUGACACAGGUUCUACAACUGACUGUUCACAAUGUCCGACGACAGAAUGUCCGCCAACUUCUCCUAACACAGGUUCACCAACUGACACUACUGAAUGUCCAGAAUGUCCAACUACAUGCCCAUCCAUCUCAACGACUUGGCCUGACACAGGUUCUACAACUGACUGUUCACAAUGUCCGACGACAGAGUGUCCGCCAACUUCUCCUAAUACAGGAUCACCAUCUGAGUGUACUGAAUGUCCAGAAUGUCCAACUAUAUGUCCAACCUGCCCAUCGACUUGUCCUGACACAGGUUCUACAACUGACUGUUCACAAUGUCCGACGACAGAAUGUCCGCCAACUUCUCCUAACACAGGUUCACCACCUGACGCUACUGAAUGUCCAGAAUGUCCAACUACAUGUCCAUCCAUCUCAACGACUUGGCCUGACACAGGUUCUACAACUGACUGUUCACAAUGUCCGGCGACAGAAUGUCCGCCAACUUCUCCUAACACAGGUUCACCAACUGACGCUACUGAAUGUCCAGAAUGUCCAACUACAUGUCCAUCCAUCUCAACCACUUGGCCUGACACAGGUUCUACAACUGACUGUUCACAAUGUCCAACGACAGAGUGUCCGCCAACCUCUCCUAACACAUGUUCACCAUCUAACGCUACUGAAUGUCCAGAAUGUCCAACGACAGAGUGUCCGCCAACUUCUCCUAACACAGGUUCACCAACUGACGCUACUGAAUGUCCAGAAUGUCCAACUACAUGUCCAUCCAUCUCAACGACUGGGCCUGACACAGGUUCUACAACUGACUGUUCACAAUGUCCGACGACAGAAUGUCCGCCAACUUCUCCUAACACAGGUUCACCAACUGACGCUACUGAAUGUCCAGAAUGUCCAACUACAUGUCCAUCCAUCUCAACGACUUGUCCUGACACAGGUUCUACAACUGAUUGUUCACAAUGUCCGACGACAGAGUGUCCGCCAACUUCUCCUAACACAGCUUCACCAUCUGACAGUAGUGAAUGCCCACAAUGUCCAACGACAUGUACAACAUGCGAGCCUUGUACCACUGCAGAGCCAACUUCUACCACACCAGCUCUGCCAGACGGGCCGCCGAUAGAGUUUGAGAGUAGCAGGUACCGUGACACCGUCUCUUCCGUCUACGUGGGGACGCUGGCGAACCUCAAGCUGAAGGACUACGACUCGGAGGGCCACAGCCUCGACUGCCAGCUGAUGGACGCCACGGACUACGUGGCGUCCCGGGUGAGCGUCGAUCCGGUGGGCGUGACUGGCUGUCAGCUGACCAUCGACGCGUUCCUGCGUGCCGGCUCCUACGCGUUCAGCGUCCGAGCCAACCUCGCCGGCACCUCCUCUGUCGCUACAACGGAGAUGGCGCUGGCGGUGUCGACGACCAUCACGUGCGAUAACUCGACGUCUCCCAUCUUCCCGAUCGCGCUGUUGGUGACUUCUCAGCCCGAGAAUCAGACAGAACCGACGAACAUCCUGCCCCCCACGGAGCUGAGUGACGGCGCGCAAUGCAGCUUCAAUCUCAGCGUCGACCCUGAGGAGUACAGCGGCUGGGUGCAACUGGACGAGGCGACAGGCGAGAUGAACGUGGCCGACCUGGACUACGAGAGCGUCACCACUCUCUUCAUCUCGCUGUCCGUCUCCUGCGAGUCUGGACCAGAGCAGCAGCAGCAGCAGCAGCAGCAGCGGCGGCGGCGGCUACGUCACACGAAGGACCAGCCACACUGGCCAGAGUAUCUGCUCUACGACAUCACCAGCAUGACCGUGCUGCUGCAGAUCCAAGAUGUCAACGACAACCCACCCGUCUUCACCGCCGGCGACCGCAUUGUGGUGGGCUACCCGACUGGAGACCUGCUGGAGCGCGUCCAGCCUGGACCAGUCGUCACACUCAAGGCCACCGACGCGGACGAGGGCGAGAACGCGGAGCUGCGCUACAGCCUGGACGCGGCGGGCAGCCGCCACUUCACGGUGGGCGCCGAGACGGGCGCCGUCUACGUGCGGGCCGACGCGCCGGAGCUGCCGGACUCCGGCGUCUCCUUCACGGCCACCGUCGCCGACCUGGCGGGCGCCGCAGGGGCGCUCACCGACACCGUAGUCGUGCAGGUGAAGCCGCUGAAGGACGAGGAGCUGGUGCUGGUGACGACGGUGGAGGGCGCGCUGCCCGAGGACGCGGACGCCGUGGUGGAGGACCUGUGCGGCGCCACGGGGCUGAGCGUGCGCCUGCUGAGGGCGUACGCGACGGCGGCAGAGGAGGGCAGGGCGCUGGCCAGGGCGGGCUCCGAGAGCGCGCUCACCUUGCUGCUGUACGCCCUGGACGACCGGGAGGCGCUCGUCACUGUGCAGCAGUUCCAGACGCUGCUUUCGUCUUCGGAGGUCAAAGUGGAAAACCUGCCACCAGAGGCAGAGAACCAGGAGCCCACUGACGUCACCGGCUACAUGGCGGCCAUCAUUACUUUGGCCGUCCUCAUCGCAGUGGCUCUAGGUGGCGCUGUGGCAGGCUACUACUUCUACUUCAGGCCAAGACUGGGAGUUCAUAAGCAGGCAGAUGAUUACACUAAGUUUGAAUCUGAUGCAGAUAAAGACAGUCCUUUAGAAUCACAAAUUCCACAAAUAACUACAACUGUUGAACCUAAUAUAUCAACAGUUAGUGAAAUAAUAGAACCAGUAAAUGAAGUGACUGUUGAGAACAACAUCAUAACACAUGAAAACAGCAAUGGAGUACUGGCACCAGAUUCAGAAGAUGAUUGGUCAAGGAAGAGAUCCAUGACUAUUCGAGGAGGACCAGAUGACUAUAAUGAUGAGGAAGCAUCUGGAGGACCAAGAAGAUCAGAAAGUUCAGACAGCCUUGAUGGAGAUGAAGCUCGCGCUGAGUCUGAGCGACGUAAAUCCGCAGUUCACUUUAAUGAAAACGUGGAGUGUAUUGAAGUGGAGCGCCUCUGAUAUAUGAGCGCAGUGUGACUCCAAAGAAAUUUCUGAGAGGAACUUAGUGCUUCAUUUAGCUCUGGUAAUAAUCAUUACAGUUCCUCUUAACGUCUGCCUAGUGAUUGUGAUAGCAAGUUAACACCCUUGAAGACUGACGACAUGGUCUGUGAACCUGUUAUCUACAUGAAAUACAUUGAUAUUAAUCAGAAUAAAGAUGAGAAAUAAGAUUUGUUGGAACUAUUUUUUUGUGGCUGUGUGAAUUACAAGUAUUUCCCAUAUUAAACAAGUACUUUUAUUGGUAACUGUCAGUUGUGUUAAUUAAUGAUUUUUGUGGAGACUGUUCAUACUAAUAAUUAGUUGGCUGAUGUUCUUCCAGUGAUUUUGUAUAUUAAAUAACACUGUUUAAUUUCCAUGUUUAAAAGUGGUUGUACCCUAUGACAGUUUGGUAGAAAAAUUUUAU